AUGGGGCGAAUAAAUGGCAGCUUUACCAUUCUCUAUCUUGGCGUCGCAGCUGGGAUAUACCUCAAGCCUGAAUAUGCCAUACUCAACUCCAGGAUUGUGACCGGGAUCGUGUUCCUCGCAUUCAUCACAGCUUCAAAGUUCAUUUAUCAAUUUGUUCUAUACCCAGAAUACUUCACUCCGUUGAAACAUAUUCAUUCACCCAAGGAUCGUGGCUGGUUGCGAGGAAAUACGCAGAGUCUCUUGCUGGAAACCCCGUAUCCACAACUGCAGGAAUGGACUAAAACCAUGCCCAAUGAAGAUCUUCUUCGCUACUAUCUUGUGGGAAAUCUUGAGCGUGUGAUUUGCACAAGCCCGAAAGCACUCAGCGAAAUACUGGUGACUAAAGUGUAUGACUUCGAGAAACCUGAGUUGGUUCGGCAGAGCCUGCGACGUAUCACCGGCGAUGGAAUUCUACUUGCCGAGGGCGAAGAACAUAAGAUUCAACGCAAGAAUCUCAUGCCAGCGUUCUCAUAUCGCCACAUCAAAGAUCUGUAUCCAGUAUUCUGGGCCAAGAGUGUAGAAAUGGUCAAUAUGAUCCAACAAGACCUACGUACACCCAGCAGAAAGAGUGCCACCGGCACCGACAAAACGGUCCAAAUUUCCACAUGGGCCAGUCGGGCAACGCUAGAUAUUAUCGGUGUCGCUGGCAUGGAUCACGACUUCGAUUCUCUCCAGGACCCCAACAACAAACUCAAUCAAUCCUACCGCCAGAUUAUGGCGUCGCCCCCUUUGUACAUGAAGAUCCUUUUCGUUGUCGGCAUGCUUCUGGGCGACCCUACCUGGACCCAGAAUCUACCAACAACACGCAACAAAGAGAUCACAGAAGGCGGCGAGGUGAUCCGCAACGUCGCUCGGCAAAUGAUCCGCCAAAAGAAAGCCAAAAUGGAAGACCCCAAAGCCGAAACCGGCAUUGACAUAAUCUCCGUUGCCCUAACGAGCGGCACCUUUGAUGAAGAAAACCUCGUCGACCAAUGUAUGACCUUCCUGGGCGCAGGACACGAAACAACCGCCUCGGCUCUCCAAUGGGCUAUCUAUGCGCUGUGCCAGAACCCAGGCGUCCAAACCCGACUUAGGGAUGAGAUUCGUGACAAUCUCCCCUCUCUUGACGAUAAAACUCCGAUCUCCGCAGCCGCAAUUGAUAACCUCCCCUACCUCAACGCAGUCUGCAAUGAGGUCCUCCGCUUCUACCCCUCCGUCUCAACAACAAUCCGCAAGGCUGUGCGUGAUACGACGCUUGCUGGAAAACAUAUCCCCAAGGAUACCACUUUUACUCUCUCUCCAAAAAUUCUCAAUCGAAUGGAAGAAUUGUGGGGGCAUGACGCGGAUGAGUUCAACCCGGACAGGUUCAUGGGUCCUGGGAAAGCUAAUACCGGUGGCGCAUCCAGCAACUAUGCAUUCUUGACUUUCUUACAUGGUCCCCGAAGCUGCAUUGGGCAAGGCUUUGCUAAAUCAGAGCUUGCUUGCUUGCUUGCUGCUAUGGUUGGGAGAUUUCAUAUGGAGUUAAAAUUCCCUGACGCCAAGCUGGAAGUUCGGGAGGGGGCCACUGUCUCGCCCAAGGACGGUGUCAUUACAUUGCUCACCCCGCUGGAAGGGUGGUAA